ACGUUUUAGGAUGGAUGUUGUUAUUUACAUGAUGGCGUCUUGACUACACCAUGCGGAUGCUGGUAAAACUUGCAACUAGCCUGAAAUUCUUUUAACAGUUACACAGAUGAUGUAUCUAUUCAAGAAAGCUGGAUCAGCACUCACACGGGGUCUGUGCUCUGUUCAAUAAUAAGGUUCCUGUGAUGAACAGGGGCCAGGUCAAUGACACAUCGUAACAGGGGCCAGGUCAAUGACACAUCGUAACAGGGGCCAGGUCAAUGACACACCAUAUUACAAUAUAAUCAGCACCAUCUUUCAAAACAGUGAACAUGGACUCAGAAUACCAAUAUGAUGUUUUUGAAGAGAACAAAUCAUCUUUGUUUGGUUUACAUAGUGAAGGACAUUUUCGGUUUGGGAAAAAUCAGCAGACACCUGAAACAUCUUCUAGGUUUGGUUCACCUCGUGAAGGAGGUUUGGAGUUUGGGAAAAAUCAGCAGACACCUCAAUUUGGUUCUUCAGAGAAAGAAAUUCAGCAACAGCAGCUACCUGAAGUAACCCUGGAUAACAAGAAACUUGUAGAAGAAAAAGUGUUUGACCACUUCAGUUUGUCAUUUGCCAUGGAUGCUUUUAAAAUAGACACCAAUCAAUAUGUAAAAGAUUUGUCACUGGUUGGAGUGGAACAGGUGACAGACAUGUUUUUCCUUGCCUUAAAGAUACAGAACAUUGGACUACCGAAGCUGAGGAACCUCUCACUGGCAGGGUGUCCAUUCAUCACAGAUCAAGGAAUCCAGUGGCUGUCCGAGAACAGUGACAUAGCAAUACAAGAGAGUCCCACUCUUGGUGUCUUCAUGUCUGAUAUGGUUUUUGUGAACAUGAUCAACUCCAAGAAGGAUGUGUACAAAACCAAAUUUGCUGAACUACUGACCACUCUACAGAAGAAUGAACAACUGAGUCUGACCAGACCAGAGGCGUCCAAUAGUUGCUUCAUCAGUUACUCCUGGGUCAAUUCUCAAACGGCUGUUGCAAUGGGCUCUAAGUCCAUCCCGGGUGCUGUGGGCAGAGGAGAUCAUCGGGAAAUCAAAACCUUCCUGGAGGGUCGAGGGUUACGCUGUUGGCUUGAUGCUGAGCAGGUCAAUGUGAAUGACCAGUUGUUUGCGAGGAUUGCCAAAGGUCUGUCUGAGGCACGUGUCAUGGUCGCUUGUGUGUCCGACGAGUAUGCAAAGUCGGAGACAUGCAAGAAAGAGAUGAAGUUUGCCAUACAACUCAGUCUGCCAAUCGUCAUAGCUGUGGUCGGCACGGGAACCAGCUGGCUUCACACAGAUAUUGGGCUUCUUUCUACCGCCUAUCCUAAAGUCAAUUUUUCAGGACAAUCCUAAUGAGGAAACAUUGGAAACAUUAAUUAGACUUGUC